GCGGUUAGAAACCUUGUUGCUGCUGUGCUGAAGGAAAAAGACUCGAACGAGCAAAUCAGUCAGUCGUCCACGCAGGGCCCAGCGUUGGAGGCUCUGUGGCAGCAGUGCUGCGGCGACUCUGCUCCGGUGCGUUCAGCCUGCUGUGAUGCUGUGGUGCUUUUAGUAGCUCAGGGCCACGCUGAGCUGCAGUUUAUUCUCAACAGCGUCCUCAAUCUCCUGCCCUCUGCCAGAAAUGUCCAGGGGCUUAUAAAGGUCAUGGGAAGACUGCUGCAGAUGCAAGUGGACCAAAGGCAGGAGGACUCCGCCUUCAUCUGCCCCUACUCCAUCAGGAGCUGUCCUCAUCCGUUCAUCACGGCGCUGGAGAACCGAGCGGACUGCUGGCCGGCGCUGCUGCUGGAGAUCGAUGACUUCAUCCGCCAAGCCGCUGAACGGAGUGAAGCCUCUUACAUCACCAUGCUGGUUCCCUUCCUUCGGUACCUGUACUGUGAACCUCAGAGGCAGUCCCAGCAUGCCUUGCUGCGGCAGAGUCUUCUCCGGGUGCUGCUGCCCACGAAAGCAGCGGACAAGGAGCAGGAAAAGGCCGCUGCGGUGUACGAGAGCCUGCUGCUUUGCCUCUGUCAGCUGGUUCCACAUUUCCAGGUGGACAGUGUGGAGGCGGUGCUGGAACUGAGUGGAUUCGUGGACAUUCUGCUUCAGGGUCUCAUGGAAGCUUCUGGAGAGCUCUGGGAGACUGAGAGAGUCCGUCUGCUGGUGCAGCUGCUGUGUGCAUGUCACCAAUGCCUGAGGGUGAAUGGAGACUGCAGACCGCUCCUCAACCUGAUGCAACAACUACUGCCUGCAUGCAAGGUUUGUCCGGUGGAUGAGCUGAUGAUGGGGGUGGCCCUGCUUCUGCCUGAGGCCCCUGCACUUCAGCAGAGCAGCCUGCUUAGACUUGCGCUGACUUUAGCCCCUGGAGAGGAGGAGUGGUCGCCCUGGCCCAGUCCGGUUCUGGUUCUGCCUGUUUUGCAGCUCCUAUCCUGCUCACAGCUCACCGAGCCGCUGGCCGAUCCAUCAACGCACGGCUUAAACGAGCGUCUGGCACACAGCUUGUUACGCAGCAUCAGCAAACCCACCAAAAAGGCCCGACGGCCCGGCCCAACAUUGGCGCUCCCUCUCAGCUCCUGGUACUGGGAGCUCAGCGCGGCGUUGUCCAUAUUGUUCAAAGUCGACGAUGAUCCGUCCGCAGCCACCGAUUGGCUGCUGGCUGUGACCUCGGGCCUACCGUCCAGCCAGCGUCUGUCCUCGUCCCUCGCACUCAUCGUCACCUACCUUCUCAUCACGGCGCGGGAGGACAUCUGUCUGCUGGCACUGAAAGCAGUUCAGACCAUCGCUGCUGCCGACCCCUGCCAGGUCCCUUCCCUGCUUCCUGUCCUGCUGUUCAAACUGUCGAAGGAAACAAACGCAGGUUCGAUUCACGCUGUGCUGAACUGCCUGCCCAACCUCGGCACUCAUAAGCUUUGCGUCCCCAUGGUGCUGCAGACUCUCCACACGCUGGCCAGUUCCCCCAAGCUGAGAGCCGUCGCCAUGCGCCUGAUGGCGGCUCUCUGGAAACGACAGGACCGAGUCUACCCAGAGCUGCAGCGUCUGCUGAGCCAGCAGGAUACCAGAGUGCUGGUGGGGAAGGACGCCCAGUGGGAGCAGAUCCUGGCCAGAGCGGCGUGCAUCAGGGACGUCUGCAGAGAAAGGCCCUACCAGCAUGGAGGCGACAUGCUAGCCGCUAUCUCACUCACCCUGCAGCAGUGCAGCCGAGCCGACCUGGCCACCCCUGCUGCUCUGGUCCUGCAGGGCUUACAGGAGCUCUGCAGAGCAGAGGUGGUGGACAUUGUUUCUACAUGGAGAAGCCUCGCAGCAGAACUGAGGCGAGACUCCCGUCCAGCGAUGGUUAAAGCCAUAGCAGAGCUGCUGUCUUUGGUUCCUCAGCUUGCAGUGAAGUCAGAGGAGUAUGAGAAAGUGAAAGAUGAGGCGGUCAGCUUUCUGUGGAGCUACGCUGGAAGCCAGGAUCCAGAGGUGUCCAGCUGUGGCUACAAAGCUCUGGCAGCUUUUCCUGAAACCACUCACACCAUCCUUCACCUCCCAGAGGCAAGAUUUUUUCUUUUUUGUUUGCUUUUCUUAGCCUUUGAGCUCUUCCUGACGUCGCUGGUGAAGCAGGAGAUGAGUGUGAUGCCACGAGGAGUUUAUUUCUCUGCUCUGAGGAGCGGCAGCCUGCGAUCAGACCAAGGAAAAACGGUUUCUGGGAUUCCGUCGUUUGUUCUGAAGACUUACGAGAAAAAUAAACAGCCUGGCCUAAAGCCAGGGCUAGCAGCCGGACUGCUGCUCUGCUACGAGCUCCCCGUGCAGACAGACCGCAGCGGGAAGCCGUUCGACCGCUUCCUCGUGAGCCGGAGCCGCAGCUACCAGCAGACCCUGAUGUCCCUCAUUCACGAAGUGAACAUCCAGCCCUCUGAGUGGCACCGUGCCCUGCUGCUCCCCCAGGCGUGGAGGGGCUUCAUGAGCCGAUCCUUCCACGCUGUCCUUCAGGGCCGACGGGCUGAUCUGGAAAUGCAGCAGAAACAAGGCAAAGAGGAGCCCCAGGAGCUGCAGUACAAACAGCACUGUGCCUGGCUGUGGGCUAGAGAUCAGCUGACGGAUGUUAUAAAAACUGCUAUAAAGGACAGUCCUGUUGUCCAGGGAAACUCCAUCCUGGCUCUAAGUGGUCUGGCUGCUGUGGUCGCCAAGUAUGAGAGCAAUCUGCCUACCGACAGCAGCGGCAGCCUCGGGGCCGGCCCUGAGUUUGUGCCUACUUCCAGCUGGUUGUCCAUGGUACUGGACACCCUGCUGAGCAUCAGCAGCAGCAGCUACAAGGCCAGGGGACAGGUGUUUCCAUGGUUCCUUCAUCGAUCGUACUCCGGUGAGAACACGGCGAGCGCCAUCGCCCGCUCCUGCGCUAGCCUGGCCUUGUCGCUGCUGGUCCCGGUUCUGGUGGUGUGGCAGAGGGACGGUCUGGUCCAGGUUCUGUCAGCCCUGCAGGCCGGCCUGCCGGGCUCGCCCUCCGCAGACGACUCCCAGGCCGUCCAGUUCCACUCGGGUCUUGCUCUCGGCAUGGUUCUCUCCAGUCUGCACCACCAAUGUCUCCGGGAUACCUCUGCCCAGGAGGACAUGGAUCUCCUUUCCAGCUCUCUGGACGCUCUGGAAAGCUGCUGCUUCAACCCCAACCUGGAAUACAACACCGGCUGCGUGUUGGGCCUAGGCCUCGCGCUCUCAGCGCUCUGCAGCAGAGGCCAGGUGGAACAGCAGGUCCACGUCACCAGAACCCUUGACAAGCUACUGGCUAACCUGCAGGACAGCGGCGGGCAGGGUCGCAUGCUGCAGGAGGUGCUGUCUUACUCUGUGGCCUGUGUGAGCGUCUCAGCGUUCAGCGGAGGUCUGAUCGAUGCUGCCAAGGCUGAGGAGGUCCUGAACAGUCUGCGCGCCCUGACCGAGGAAAGCCAGCAGACUCCAGGCUUCUCAUUGGCUCUCGGGCUGGUGGUCCACGGCCUCUCUGUGUCCGGCCACGGCAAAGCAGAGGACAUCCAGCCCCGCCUGCUGGCUGCUUGGAUCCAGAUCCUCCUGGCCGAGAGUUGUCCCACGAUGCAGCGGCUGGCUGCCGCUAACGGACUGGUGGCUCUGGUGGGAUCAGAGAGCGGCCUGAUUCAGUUUCAGAAUGAGUUGGAGCUUUCCUCCCAGCAGCAGAGCAGACUGAACGAGGUGAUCCGCGGCAUCACGCAGAUUAUAACCUUUUCUGGGGCCAUUGGCCUGCAGUCCAACUGUGCCUGCCUGAUCGGCCAUCUGCAUCUGGCCCACAUGUCCAGCAGUCACAGCCACACAGCAGUUUGGCGUUGUUCCCUCCAGCUUCGUACUCGAGCUCACCUCUACGAGUCCCUGGGCGUGUGGAUGAAGCACGUGGCGGAGGACAAGCUGCAGGUGUUCGUGCAGAGCCUGGGCCUGCAGCAGUUCCAGGACGACGUGCGAACCCAGAGGCUGUCUCUGUGUCGCUCUCUGCUGACGGGCGUCGCUCAGGCCAUGGCCCUCCCCAACCCGCCCAACCACUGCUGGGCCGUCCUCUGCUCGUCCGCAGAGAAGAUCUUCCUCCUCCUGCCCAAUCAAAUUCAGGAUGCAGAGGUGGAUCUGUACGUGGGCGUCGCCAGGUGUCUUUCUGAGAUGUCCGACACAGAGAUCGACAGAAUCGUUCAGGUCUCGCAGGCUCAGAUGGAGAAGACCUGUUUUGUCCUGGCGUACCUGACCUCUCAGGGCAGGGUUCCCCUCCUCAGCCUCAACGAUGUGAUCGGCGGGGUGCUGCGGGGUUGGCCCGGCUGCAGAGUGGGCUGGAUCCUCCUGCAGGCUCUGUACCAGUGCCGCCUGGCUGCCGGCGCCGCUACAGGUGUUUCCAAACGAAUGGAGUGGCUGCUGGAGCUGAUGGGACACAUCCGGAACAUCGGCUAUGGGAACACAUCCGUCUCCUGUGGAGACUCCAAACUGGCGACAGACUUCCUGUUCCAGCUCUUUGCCGCCGCCGUCGUUUCCUGGGGCGACCGCUUCAUGCCCGUCCUUUAUGGCCUCAGGUCCCAGUGGUUCCCGUGGCAACCGGAAUCCAAGCCUCCGCUGCUGACGCACAGUUUGUACGGAGCGGAUCCGCUCAGCGACCUCGCUCUGCCGCAGUGCCUGCUGGGAGUUCACCACAGCCUGCCGCUGCUGCUGGACAAAGAGCCAUGGAGCAGCCAGAGGCACAAGUUCAUAGACUGGCUCCUGAGCAUCUCAGAAGGUCCUGAGGAGAACAUUUCAGCGACCGCCGUCGGCUCAGCCAGAGCGGCUCUCCUGAGUCUGAAGUCGUCCUCCGAGUUCAGGAAGAAGGCGGUGUGGACCAGAGCGUACGGCUGGUAGCGCAGAGGAAGCCGCCGUCUCAUCCGUCCGACUCGGCAAACAGCAGAAACUCUUUUUUUUUUU